AUGGGUAGCACGUCUAGUACUUCUCCUGCUUAUGCAGCCUCUCUGCCUGUUCAUACUUUUACUUCUGCUCCUAUUACUGAUACAAUGAGCGCUCCGCCCCAUGCCAUUAAUCGUGCUACGACUAGUUCUACUAAUACUAUUGCACCUGCUGCAAGUACUCCUGCUACAAUAACACCAACAACAGAAGCAGCAGCAACGACGGCGACAACAACAGCAACAGCCACUACUACUGCUGCUGUUGCUACUGCUAUUAGUCAUAAUAAUUCUAAUACUACCACCACUAAUGCACCCACAGUUACUUCGACUCCUACAGUUACUGUGACAGUUCCUUCUAACCAAAAUAAUGCAACUGCUCCUGUAUCUACUGCAGGUACCUCUAAAUCUACAUGGAAUUCUGUUGUAAAAUCGAUAACUUCAGAUGUUUCGAAAGAAAAAUCUACUGUUUCAUCAGCAUAUUCAAAGUGGUACAAAUGGACUAACAUUGAACAACAAAACCGAGAAAAAGGCAAAAUAUUAUGGUAUUUGAGUCCGCCAGUAACAACUACCGAGACUUCCAAUACAACGGCAAUCACACCAAUAAUGACAACAGCAAAAAUUGAUGCUGAUCAGAAAGAUACUACAGAUGUAUCAAAUAUCACAGUGACACCAAGUUAUCAAUUGCGUUCAACAGCUGUAUAUAGUCCACCGCAUGGUGAUCGUAUUUUAUCAGGGCGUAAUGAAUUGAUCACUACUGAUACGUCUACUUUUAAAUACUACAAUCCAGACAAUCGACUAAAACAAACAGUUGGGCAGCAUCAGAAAGCGACUAUGUAUAAAAUGAAUACUCAACUUCGACAAAUUGCAUUACCAAAUAAAUCAUCGACAUCGGCAACGACGAAUUCUAAUGAUCUUAAUAGCAUAGCCAAAUAUGAUACAUCACUGCCUAAUUUUGUCUCCCGUGGUCUACGGACUGAUCUUGGGUCACAAUCAUUAAAUUCAUCUUCUACACAAAUGGUUUAUUAUGAACAGCAACCUCAAGUUGUUCCUAUAUCAGCAUUUCCGAAUUAUAAUUCAAGUGGUGCUGACUUUUAUCAUUUAACAGCACAAGAUAGAAUGAGUCAACAAAAUCGUCCACCUAUCCAACAUACACCAACAGUACAGUUUAGUACACAACAACAACAACAGCCCUAUCUUCAACAGCCUCCUUCUUAUUAUCCACCUACAGCUAUUCAGCAGGUACCACGUUUACAGAUGAAUUUUCAACAACCAAAUCCAUACGCUUCUCGUCCACCAAUGCAACAGUCAACACCAGUACCAUACGAUGUUCAACAAUAUUCAUCUCUCCAACAAUCGAAUCCGUAUUAUCCUCCUCCUCCUCCUCCUCCUCCUCCUCCUCCUCGUCUUCCACCACCACCACGAACAUCAAUAUUGAAAAAACCAUCAACAGUAUUAUCUCAAGACGCAUAUAAUCCUCUUUCAGCACGAACACAUGAUCAAAUGCUUGAAGAAUUACGUAAACGUAACAGUAACAUCAAUGAUGGCGUGUAUCGGGCUAAAAGAGUUCAUCUAUUAGAAAAAAAUAAUCGAGAAAAUUAUGCACCAAGAGUAUCUUUUAAUCUACCGUCUAGUAAAGCUACUCAAAGUAUAUCAAGAAGUGAAAAAUUACUUUCUAGUGAAUUAUUUGAUGAAAAAAAAUAG